GCCGUCAGCUCCACAGAGCAGCGAGUUGGCAGCCUCGCGCUCUGGCCUGAGGGUCCGAAUAAUCAGAGCUGCGGGAACGAAGCGCAGAAGUCACUCAAGAGAUGAGGAGUGGCCACCUCUCUCUCGCCUCGGCCCUUAACAGAGUUUCUCUCUAAAGCCCAGGCGGCAGCGCGCUCACGAACCCGCCGCUUGCGGCGGUCACGCGCACGCACGCUAGUGCGCACGUUCCCUGAGAACCCGGAAGUGCGAGGGAGAGGAGAGCCACGUGGGUGGAGCUGGAGCGCAGUUCGCAUGGGGGAGUCUAUCCCGCUGGCCGCCCCGGUCCCGGUGGAACAGGCGGUGCUGGAGACGUUCUUCUCUCACCUGGGUAUCUUCUCUUACGACAAGGCCAAGGACAAUGUGGAGAAGGAACGGGAGGCCAACAAGAGCGCGGGGGGCAGCUGGCUGUCGCUGCUGGCGGCCUUGGCCCACCUGGCUGCGGCCGAGAAGGUCUAUCACAGCCUCACCUACCUGGGGCAGAAACUAGGGGGCCAGUCUUUCUUCAGCAGGAAGGAUUCCAUCCGCACCAUCUACACUUCCCUGCAUAAUGAGCUGAAGAAGGUGGUGACUGGCCGAGGUGCCCUUGGUGGGACUGCUCCUCACGUGGAAGAACUCCUUUCCCACCUAUCAGAGCAGCUCUGCUUCUUCGUUCAGGCGCGGAUGGAGAUCGCAGACUUCUAUGAGAAGAUGUACACCCUCAGCACGCAGAAGUUCAUCAAUGCUGAAGAGCUCGUUGGCCUUUUGGACACCAUCCUCAAGAAAUACAGCUCCAGAUUUCACCACCCUAUCCUCAGUCCCCUGGAAAGCAGUUUCCAGCUGGAGGUCGAUGUCCUGAGUCACCUCCUGAAGGCCCAGGCUCAGGUCUCCGAGUGGAAGUUCCUGCCGUCUCUGGUUAACUUACACAGCGCUCACACCAAGCUGCAGACCUGGGGCCAGAUCUUUGAAAAGCAGCGGGAGACCAAGAAACAUCUGUUUGGAGGGCAGUCUCAGAAGGCCGUUCAGCCUCCACACCUUUUCCUUUGGCUGAUGAAACUGAAAAACAUGCUUCUUGCCAAAUUUAGCUUUUACUUUCACGAGGCACUGAGCCGACAAACGACUGCCUCAGAAAUGAAAACGCUGACUGCGAAAGCCAAUCCAGAUCUCUUUGGCAAGAUUUCCAGCUUCAUCCGGAAAUACGAUGCUGCCAACGUGUCCUUAAUCUUUGACAACCGAGGUUCGGAGAGCUUCCAGGGUCACGGCUACCACCACCCCCAUUCCUACAGAGAGGCUCCGAAGGGCGUGGAUCAGUAUCCGGCCGUGGUGUCUCUGCCCAGCGACCGGCCUGUCAUGCACUGGCCCAAUGUCAUCAUGAUCAUGACAGACCGCACAUCCGACCUAAACAGCUUGGAGAAAGUGGUCCACUUCUACGAUGACAAAGUCCAGAGCACCUACUUCCUCACCCGUCCAGAACCUCACUUCACCAUCGUUGUCAUUUUCGAGUCAAAGAAAUCCGAAAGAGAUUCCCACUUCAUUUCCUUCCUGAGCGAGAUCUCCCUUGCCCUUAAGAACCCCAAGGUUUUUGCAGGUCUGAAACCGGGAUCCAAAGGUUAGCAGGUGCUUUGUGUGAAGGGUUUUAAGACUGGAAAUUGCGUUCUUAAUUGCUCUCACCAGCUGCAGGGGUCCGUGGUUUGAGUUGCCAUCCAUUCCUGCUUCUUUCAGAGCUAAAUUAGAGACAGAGCCUCCCUAAUUGUGUUGCGCACGCUAUAAGCAAUUAAGGCCAACUGCGUUAGGUAUCCAAAGAGUAACCUAGGAAGUGAACGUGGCUGCUGAGUCUCCGUGGUACAGCAAGGUACUCUCGGCGUUUUCUCCCGUUUUCCUGUAUUUCAUGUAGACUGAAUAUUUAUUGGCCCUUGAUUUUUCUCUCCAGAUGUUUUAUAUUGUUUUAAACAUUGCGUUCCAAUGCAAUUCCAAAUGCCCUCUCCUCCCCCUCCCUUGAUGAGUAAUCAGGAUAUGAUAUAAAAUGGCUUUUUUUUUUUUUUAGAGUCAAGGACGGUUUUCUAUUUGUAAAUUAGCACAUUAACAUGAAAUUAUAAGUUUUAUGAUUCUGAUCAUAAAACAAUUUAAUAUUUUUGAUGCCCAAAUUAAGGUCUUGGUGAGAAAUUUCUGUCAGUUAUUGAUUUUUUUUUUUUUUUUUUUGGUCUUUUUAGGGCCGCUCCCACUGCAUAUGGAGGUUCCCCAAGAUAGGGGCCUAAUCGGAGCUGUUGCUGCCAGCCUACACCACAGCCACAGCAACGCAGGAUCUGAGCCACAUCUGAGAUCUACACCACAGCUCACGGCAACGCCGGAUCCUUAAUCCACUGAGUGAGGACAAGGAUUGAACCCGCAACCUCAUGGUUUCUAGUCGGAUUUGUUUCUGCUCUGCCACAACGGGAACUUCUCUGUCAGUUAUUGAAAUCAAAGGUGAAUCACAGUGGCAGCACAGCAUCAGUUUUUAACAGUUCCAAAGAGCCUCGUGGCAACUUUACUGCCAUGAGUUGUUUGGGGGUGAUCUACACACCUGGCUGCAUUUGUAUUUACCCUUAUAAAAUUUGAAAAUUCCAUUCUGUUUUAAAGUCAGCAGAAGCCAUGAAGUGAGGUUUCUUCAUUCCUCAGCAUGUUAGCUGCUUGGCUCUCUGUUUAUCACCUUCCUGCUGAAAUGUGAGUUCACGUUUGGCUCUACUCCCUGGUUAUUUUUAGGCUGAAAAAGCACACAGUCUCAGUUUUUUAGGCACUUUUACAUUCAUGUGACUUGGCCUACUUUUGAAAAGUCCAAAUGGAGGUCCUGAUACCUUUUACUUGCUAAAAAUCAAUUGUGCAUUUAAAAGACCUCUUGGUAGUUGAGAAAUCAACUCUGCAGUUAAGCACCUCUGAACUUGGGCUUCAUGGCUGUCUCCUCCACAUUAUUUUUAGAGGCAGUGAUACAUCUUAACACAGGCUGCCUUAACACUUUGCUUCAGUGGGUGUUCGUGGGGAGGGAGAAGGAUCAGUGGAGGCAUAAUAGGUUGUGGAGACCUUCACAUUUGGUUAUUGAUUCAGAAUGAAAAUAAGCCACAAAGUAAUUGAGUCGUUACAAUUUAAUAGUUCCUUCAAAUUCGUGUGCAGUGUAAAGAUCAGAACAAUCCUGUUUCUCAUGGUUGCACAUGGUGCCGUGGUUUUAUUGGGCAGCCACAGCAGGCAAGCUGGCAGCACUGGCAGAGACCAGGGAGCCCCUCUGAGUCUGUGUAGGAGGCCUGCCCACCUCAGACGGGACUCCCUGGUGGAAGAACCCACUGGCCUAUUUUCUGGGGAGAACAUGUGUUUUUCUUCUUUUUUUUUUUUUUUAAAUAAAAAUCAUAUGAUUUGUAAAACGCCAGUUUUGCUUUAAAUAGAUAGCAGUGAUUUACCUCUGCAUUUUUUUCAAUUAGGUUCUAUAAAAAUCUGGGCAGAUUUCACAACAUUGAACUUAACAUAAAACAUUAAAAACAAUUGGAACUAAAAAAUCAAAUCCCUUCUGUGUUUUGCCAAGAAGCCGAAAGAGAUUCCUUGUUGUUCAUGUAUUUUUUUUUUUUUUUUUUUUUUUACCAGAUAAAACCACCAUUAGCCUUAAUGAUAUAUGGUCUCCUGUGUAUGUAAAAGAAAUAUGCCUCAGUGGAACAGGGAGGAGAGUGUAAAUAAAACAGAGAUAAAAUAUUUAACUAAUUAGUCCUUGCCUAUAACAUAUUUGACUUGUGUAUUUCUCCUUAAACAUAUUCUGGUCCAAACCCAGAAACGAAGUCAUUUUUAUUCUGAGCUUUGUCCUCUAAAAUCUGUAACGAAAUGAUCUAAAAAGUCUGCUUUCCUGAUUGGAAGAUUAAAUCCUCAUAAUUUCCACAGACCGCUUGCUUUGAAAUUUGUUUCUAAAUCACUGCUUGAUUAAUUGUUAUGGGUAACCAGGAGUGUGGGCAACACUGAGUUUGCCAACAAGUCCAUCAAGGAGCGUUCAUUUUAGGAUGCUGUUUGGACACAGGGUGAAUAUUUACAACUUGGCUCUUUUGGGCCCAACCUGGUAUCUGACUAUGUCAUUUAGGGAGUAUGUGAAAAUAGAGCUGAAUUCUUAAUUGAGGAGCCAGUACCCUUGUACGUUUGGACAUACUGGAGAAGAUUUACUUUCAAGGAAGAAAACAGUUGGUUUUUCAACGCACUCCCAAUAGAGUCACUCAGGUGAUUUUCAAACUAAGUUCACCUUUUGAUCCAGGAGCACACCUGCAGUUUUGUUUCUUUGGCAAGUCAGCCUCUGAGCUUGACGUCCUAAUGUGUAAAAUGGGGAUGAGGAAAUGUGGGCCACCUUUUUCAAAGGAUGUGGAAGAAUAGAGUAAGGUCAUGCGUGUAAAAAAGGCUUUGCACUCUUACUUGAAUUUGAAUGCUGUCUAAAUAAAAGAUGGACCAUACUUUCUUUAAACUCAUUACUUCUCCUGUUCUCCAUCUUUCCCUUCGGAUCAGUGACAAACCUAUGCUUAGUCAUUAAGUUUGAAAAGUUCUUAAAGAUUUAGUUUAGAAGAGGAGGCAGAUAAAUGUCUAAUCAACCCACCUACUCUACUUAUUUUAAAAUCUUUGGCGUUUUUCAUUCCCCAAUUUUUAUGAUUGGUGAUAGCAUCAUUUCACUUGUUUUCUUACUGCUUAUUUUUUAAUCAGGUUGCCCUAUCAGUGACUGAGAUGGGGGUAUUAAAAUCUCCAACUGCGACUAAAUUUCUAUCCAUUUUUUGCAUUUUGUAUUUUGAAGCCAUUUUAUUAGGCCCAUAUACAUGUAUCGUUUUUCUAUAGUUAUAGUUUUUCAUCUGUUAACCAUUUUUAUCAUUAGGAAGGUUCUCAGUUUAUUUCCAUUACUACUUCUUGCUUCGAAGUCCAUUUGCCUCAUAUUUUUAUGACUAUUCCAGCUUGUUUAUGCUCCCCGUUUGCGUGUUGUCUUUUUCCAUCCUCUCACUUUUCACUUAUUUCUCUGUCUGUAAAGAACUGAAGAUUGAUUAAAGAGUAACUGACUCUGUGCUAGCCAA